CCUUUCGUCGGUGUAGGUACGGUCAAGUGUGGCGAUAGGCGUUUGUUUUUUCUGCUUGUUCGCCGGACCUUUGUUUGAAUAAUAAUAAAAAAAAAAAAAAAAAAAUUCACAAUCCGCCGUUUUCUGCUUCGUUCGCGGGAAAAACCCGCUCCGGUCACGACGUCAACAUAAGGAGUGGUAAUCCAGUGUAUCCAGUAAUCGCUUCCUUACACUGGUAAUCAAAUGACGUGACCUGAUGUAGAGUAUCAAGACUCGCCGAAGAAGUGGAAAUGAGAUGAACGCGGUUUUUAAGAUUCCAUUUUUUAAGUGAAUUUGGUCGGUUUGCUGACGUUGUGCAAUGUACAGCGUUGUGGCCCACCAAAACUAUGGCCGCGAGCGGCGCGACAACCGGCAGCAGGCCCAGCAACACCAGCACGGGCACUCACCGCAGCAACAUCACCAUCACCAGCAAAGCGGGUCUUCCGGCGGGGGCGCUGGGGGCGGCGGCGCGCCCAGCUCGUCCAGGCAACAGCCGGCGCAGCACCCGGACGGGCGGCGGCGGUCGACCAGACACCGGAACAUGUCCAUCACGGUUAGGUUUCUCAACUACCUGAGACGCAGAUUCAACCCGGACCAAGAAGAAGAUAUUGACGAGUUUAACAUACACGUAUCAAGGUAUAGACCAGAAGAAUUAACAAAACUUACUAAAAUCACCAAAUUCAACAAAAAAGAAAUACAAUUGAUAUAUCGUGGUUUCAAGCAAGAAUGUCCUACGGGUAUGGUGGACGAAGAUUCAUUCAAACACAUUUUCUCACAAUUUUUUCCUCAAGGCGAUGCCACUCAAUAUGCCCAUUAUGUGUUCAAUACAAUCAAAAGAAAUCAGUCCGGAAAAAUUAGCUUUGAGGAUUUCUUAGCGAUACUGUCCAAAGUGUCCCGGGGUAGUGUACAAGAGAAACUGCAUUGGAUAUUCGGAUUGUACGACCUCAACAAGGACGGAGUGAUCACGAAAAAGGAAAUGCAAGACGUUGUGCAUUCCAUUUACAGCAUGUUAGGCAGACACACGGAUCCGCAUACAGACGAUCAGUCGGCCAAAGAUCAUGUCGAUCGGAUAUUUCACUUAAUCGACAAAAACAACGACGGCAACGUGACCCUGGACGAAAUGGUCGCCUGGUGUAGCCGAGACGAGGGUAUUCUCAAGUCGUUGGACACGUUGAAUACGGUUUUGUGAAACGAGCCUCGCUCGCCCAAAAUGCGCGUGGGGGGCACGCGUACCCGGGCGAGCCUGUUCAAUUGGUGAAAUGUCAGAAUUCGCACAUUUUUAAGUAAAUAAAA